AAACAACUAAAGAAGAGAGCCGGCUAGUUGUUUAACAGCCAAGAUGGCGGCGACGAUGUUGAGGUCGCUCUCCAGGCUGGGAGGACGUCCUUCAAAUAAUGUAUUACUGAACAAGAGCUUACUGAGCCCUGGCUGUUCGCUACUGCAGAACAGGCAGAAGCAGUGGCAGCCAGAUGUGGAGUGGAUGGAUCAGUUUUCGGGGGUGGUGAUGUAUCCCACCGAAUUCAACAAGAACUGGAAAGUUCCCCCAUGGAACGACAAAGAUCCCCCCGCGGAGAAGGACGUGUCCAACCUGACCAUCAACUUCGGGCCCCAGCACCCGGCCGCUCACGGCGUGCUGCGCCUGGUGUUGGAGCUGAGCGGAGAGUCGGUGAAGAAGUGCGACCCGCACAUCGGCCUGCUUCAUCGCGGCACCGAAAAGCUCAUCGAGUAUAAAACGUAUCUGCAGGCUCUGCCGUACUUUGACCGUCUGGAUUAUGUGUCCAUGAUGUGCAACGAGCAGUGCUACUCUCUGGCUGUGGAAAAGCUGCUGAACAUCCAGGCUCCGCCUCGGGCCCAGUGGAUCAGAGUUCUGUAUGGAGAGCUGACUCGGAUCCUGAACCACAUCAUGGCCGUCACCACGCACGCACUGGACAUCGGCGCCAUGACGCCCUUCUUCUGGAUGUUUGAGGAGAGAGAGAAGAUGUUUGAGUUUUACGAGCGAGUGUCCGGAGCCAGGAUGCACGCAGCGUACGUCAGACCAGGUGGCGUUCAUCAGGAUUUGCCCCUUGGCCUCAUGGAUGACAUCUAUGAGUGGUGCAAGAAUUUCUCCCUGAGGAUUGAUGAAGUGGAAGAGAUGUUGACCAACAAUCGGAUCUGGAAGAACCGUACUGUGGACAUCGGGGUGGUCAGUCAUGAGGACGCCCUCAACUACGGCUUCAGCGGAGUGAUGCUGCGGGGGUCGGGUAUCAAGUGGGACCUGAGGAAGUCCCAGCCGUACGACAGAUACGACGAAGUGGAGUUUGACGUUCCAAUCGGAUCCAAAGGAGAUUGCUACGACAGGUAUCUGUGCCGGGUGGAGGAGAUGAGGCAGUCCCUCAGAAUCAUGCUGCAGGCCCUCAACAAGAUGCCAGAGGGGGAGAUAAAGGUGGACGACGCCAAAGUGGCUCCACCCAAGAGAUCUGAGAUGAAGACGUCCAUGGAGUCUCUGAUCCAUCAUUUCAAGCUCUACACUGAGGGCUACCAGGUGCCCCCAGGGGCCACAUACACGGCUGUAGAGGCUCCAAAGGGGGAGUUUGGUGUGUAUCUAGUAUCAGACGGGUCCAGCAGGCCGUACCGCUGUAAGAUCAAAGCUCCGGGAUUCGCUCACUUGGCCGGUCUGGAUAAAAUGGCCCAAGGUCACAUGUUGGCAGACGUGGUGGCCAUUAUUGGAACUCAGGACAUCGUGUUCGGGGAGGUUGACCGUUAACGCUGCUGAUGAACAUUGUGCUUCUUGCUUUCUGUUGGAUCUGGUCGGCCUCCGAUCACACAUGUAUAAUACUUAAAUCAACUUAAUAAACCUUUUAUCUCCUCAAUC